UUUAACCAUUCAGGGGUUAAUGCCUAACCUUAAUAUGUUGGAGUUAAUAUCUAAAGUUAACCUUUAUCACUUUGAAAUGUCCAGUUUGAACAACUUCCAAAUUUGAAGUUUGAGAAACAUGGAUGAACGUCCAAGUCUGACGUGAAACUGUGAGAGCUUGUUGUUCCAUCAGCAAGAGCAGGGCAGGCUGGGGCUCAUUAUUGGGAAGGCCUAUUCAUUGCGAUGUGUAAUGCAGUGUAGCCUCGUUUUAUAUACACCAUCCCAAGAGCGCAAAAACUCAGGAAGUACAUUUUCUUAGAAAUAUAACUUUGCCCUGUGCUUCUCCGAGCAUGCUCUUCGUAAAGGCUAUGGAUCAUUUUAUUAAGACCACACUUGGCGCACUUGAUAUUGCAUGCCCAUCAGAGAAUCAAGGAUGCACACAUCAUCGGGCACACAUCUAGAUACUAUAAUAAGCAACUAAUUCUCAAACCCUGAACAAUAUGACAUUUAAUCUAUUACAAAUCACAUGACCCUCCCCUGGACAAAAAUAAUAAUAAUACUAAGCCCUCCCCCUGACUGAAAUUGAAAAAACAUGACCCUCCCCCAUUUUCCUCCAGGUAACAAUUGUGUACAUUUCGAAUGCUCCCUAAUGUUAAUCUCUCUCUCCAGUCUCCCAAUAUUGAUGGUUUAACACAGAAUACACUGUAGCCUACAUCUAAAAUACAAUCAGUGUAUAUUUGUAACCGGUCGGGUACCCCAUUCACCAACUGGGAGACGCGGGCAAAGCUGUGGAUAGAUGGCUAGACGCUCACGAACAUGAACAGUGGUCGUGUGUGAGGCAGAGAGAGUGAGAGACAGACAGACAGAAAGUGACAGACAUCCAGAGACGUUUUGGAAUCAGUAAAAACAAAAGAAACAUUGAGAUUCUCCAACAAAGACAUUGGCAAACUAUUUUUACGAUUUGCAUUCUAAGAGCGCAACUCCAUCAAGAACCCUUCGUGGACUGCAACUGAACAGUGUGAAGGCACAGGUUAUACAAAUUUGAACAAUAACGCUUUGAGAGAAGAAGCUGAUCAUUGUCGUUGAUUUGGAUUGGGGUCAAUCAAUUUGUAGUUCAACGUCAAGAUACUAGAAAGAGUUACCAUGGAAACUAUUAUGUUCUUCCUCUUUUCACUCCUGGUGUAUGUGGCUGCAGUAGCUGACCCAAGUGCUGAGGAUGGUAAAAAGGAGAAGAAAGAUGCAGACCCAUUUGUCUAUGACUAUCAUAGCCUGCGGAUCUGUGGACUGGUAUUUGGCGUGGUACUCUUCGCGCUGGGCAUCCUCCUUAUCCUCAGUAAGUCUUCAUACUUCAGCCGAAAAUGUCGCUGCAGUUCCAAUCAGGAGAAGAAGCCCAAGGCCCCUGGAGACGAAGAGGCUACGGCAGAGACCCUAAUCGUGUCCAAGGCUAAGGAGCCGGAGCCAGAGCCAGAGCCUGAAGCUAAGGCUGAGAACUGAGUCAGCCCAACCAGAAUGAACCCCACCUGACCGAAUCAACCAUAUCUGCCACUGAACCACUACCUAAUGACCAACACAAUAACCAUGACGAUGGCAACAAAGAUGAUAAUGAAGAAUGAAGAUGUUGCAAAAGGCAUACUGUGCGAUCACAGGACAGAUGAUAGGAGUGUGUAGAGGGGGGUGGGGGGAUAAUGCAGAUGUAAAUAAACCUCUAGCCUAUUGUUCCGUGCUCUGUGCCCGUAUACGUGUCUCAGUGAUCUUGUGUGUACCUGUGCCUUUCUGCGACAGUCUGUCUCCAGUUUGUUGUCUUAGCCAGUGACACCUUUUUGCAGAUUGUCUUUACCCCAGUUCCUAAUAAUAAGAGAUAUGUCAAGAAAUGUUGUUCUUGUUUGUGUUUAGCUUAUAUUCUGUGUUUCUGUCGUCUUUACUGUUUGCUAUAUUUUUACAAGUUGUUAUUAUCAUCACCACUCUUGUAACAAUGGUCCUCAAUGCCGUUUUUCACGUGGUAGAUUAUAUUCAAUAUAUACAUGCAUAUAUAUUAGUAUAAAUAGCCUAUACACUGUAUACAGUUAUAGCUAUAUAUAUUUAAAUAUUUGUGUGUAUGUGUGUGUCUGAGAUUUGUGUGUAUUUUGACUGUGUUGCAUCUUACACACGAGAAUCCAACUGCCACAGUUUGCUGACCAAGCACAAGAAUGCAUCAGAGUUAACUAGGAGCUCACCAACAGUACUUACUGUAGUAAACUGAGCUCCUACAUCAGCUGUAUCACUGCCUUGUCCUAGACAACCGUCCAAUCUAGUCUCCUCCUCUGCCAUUGGCUGAGCUGGGCGAUACCGCCCUCAGAGGCAGGCUAGGAUUGGACGGUUCCCACACCAGUGCCGCAAAUCUGUGUCGUAUAUUGUUUAAUUGAGAAGUUACAGUAGCCGAUUGCAAAAUCAGUCUCUCAACCAAUGGUGUCUCGCUGUUUUGUAUUGUAUGAUCGAUCAUGCAUUUAGUUAAUGAGAGAGCGGGCCUGUGUGUGAGUGAGAGAGAGUGUGUGUGAGAGAGUUUGUGUGUAGAUACUAAGUGUGCCAGAGUCAUAGUUUUAGACGCCAAAUUAGGUGAAGAAAAUAAAAGGAAAAGAUCAUUUGCUCUGUAUCAGAUGUGAGGUAAAGCUUAUGUCACGUAGUCAGAUAUAUGGAGUCUUAUGCAGAGUAUCAUUGUUACAAAAAAACACUGUCACGACAAUAAGUAACUACUCUGUUCAUUCUGUGCAUGAGGUUGUAUUGUAUAGCUGCAUUUUGUGCUUUUAACAUAGAAAUAAAGUGUCUAUCACCAAUAA